UUUCUCACAUUGGAUUUUGCUGAAACUGCUGCUGAAAUUACUUCUGGUGUUUUGACUGCCUUCUUAUCGUCUGGUUGAACUCCUCUGCUCAGUUGUGACUUUUCUCCUUCCUUGAGAGUUUCUGUUUUCCACUUACUGGACACCAUGGCCUCUAAUGGAUGUAGAAAUUUCUCAUAUCUAAUGGGUCAAGAAGAGGAUGCUUGCUCACCAUGCUGACUUCUGUGGUUGAAGAGUAAGUGAGACUUUCUCCAAAGUGGGACUUCACAGGAGCCAGUGAGCCAUGCCCUGCCAGCGUCGUCCACGGACAGCCAGUGACACUCCCAGAGAAGACCUCUUCUAUCAAACCUAUUAUUGCUUGAGCCAGCAGUACCCUCUGAUUCUUCUUCUCUUGGUCAUCGUACUGAGCAUCUGUGCGGCUCUCAUUGCUACCACCUUUUGCAGUGGUAGGGAUUUCUCCUCCAACUUGGCUUUCCUGAUUACGUUGUUCAUCACUCUGCUUAUCUUCAGCCUCAUCUUGAUCUUUGUGUGCAUGGAAAACAUCUUCCAGAGAUGCACCCGCCUCUUCUCAGCUGUCAUUUGGACUUGCCUGAUCACAAUGGGUUAUGUAUUCAUCUUUGUUGGUGGAGUGGUUUGUGCUUGGGACCAGGUCUCCUUCUUCCUCUUCAUAAUCUUCAUUGUCUACACCAUGUUGCCUGUUGGUAUGAAAGAUGCAGUAAUUGCCGGUAUAGUAGCUUCUCUCUCGCACAUCAUAGUUCUGAGUAUCUACCUCUCAAUGGGCCACAGUUCACAUUCACAACUGGCUGUGCAGCAAUUGGCCAAUCUAGUCAUCUUUGUCUGCGGUAACUUGGUGGGUGCCUACCACAAGCAUUUGAUGGAGGUGGCCCUAGGAGAGACCUUCCAUGAGACCUUCAACUUCAUCCAAUCUCGAGUUAAGCUGGAGUCAGAGAAGCGACACCAGGAACAUUUGCUGCUCUCCAUCCUUCCUGCUUACAUUGCCUUGGAGAUGAAGGCCGAGAUCAUUGAGCGGCUUCGGGAUGGAGGCCAGCCCCAGCGCCAGCAUGAGAGUGCCAACAACUUCCACAACCUUUAUGUCAAGAGGCACCAGAAUGUCAGCAUCCUCUAUGCAGAUAUUGUUGGCUUCACACUUUUGGCCAGUGAAUGUUCUCCCAAAGAGCUGGUGUUGAUGCUCAAUGAACUCUUCGGCAAAUUUGAUCAGAUUGCAAAGGAUAAUGAAUGCAUGAGGAUCAAGAUCUUAGGGGAUUGCUACUAUUGUGUGUCUGGAUUGCCUGUAUCUUUGCCGAACCAUGCCCGGAAUUGUGUCAAGAUGGGCCUUGACAUGUGUCGGUCCAUCAAGAAGCUACGUGAUGCCACCGGAGUGGACAUCAACAUGAGAGUUGGAGUCCAUUCAGGAAAUGUCCUCUGUGGGGUGAUUGGUCUCCAAAAGUGGCAAUAUGAUGUCUGGUCUGAUGAUGUGACAUUAGCCAAUCACAUGGAGGCAGGAGGCGUGCCAGGGAGAGUUCAUAUCACAGAAGCUACCUUGUCACACCUGGGUGGAAUGUACACUGUGGAAGAAGUUUGCUGUGUGCGAGAUUCUUACUUAAGGGAGAACCGCAUCAAGACCUUCUUAGUUGUGGAUCCCAGAGCUGAAGAAGAAAGCUCCAGUGACAUUCUCUCACCUGCACCAGGUGAGAGCUUCAUGAUGAGGGCCUCUGUCCGGAUGACUCGCUACCUGGAAUCUUGGGGAGCUGCCAAACCCUUUGCCAACCUCAAACCUCUGGACAAUCUCCCAGGAGAGUCACCAGGAUUUGUUCGGAAUAACCAUUCGGAUAUCUCUUUGGGGUCUUUGACCAUGGAACGGUGCCGUGCCCCCAGGAGUCCAGAUGAAGACUUGGAAGGUGUGGAUGAAAAGUUUUUCCAACUGAUUGAACAGCUGAACUCCCAGAAGCAAUGGAAGAAAUCCGAAGACUUCAACUGCAUCACAUUGUACUUCAAGCAGGAAUCUCUGGAAAAGGAGUACCGGCUCUCGCCACUACCAUCUUUUAAUUACUAUACGGCCUGCAGUUUCCUGGUCUUCGUUUCCAACUUUCUCAUCCAGAUCCUUGUUGUUUAUAAAACAGAGGCAUUGGGGAUCUCCUAUGGAAUUUCUUUCUUCCUGUUUCUCCUCCUCCUUCUCACCUGCUUUGCUGGUCACCUGGCGAAAUGUUUCCUGAAAGGCCCCAAGAUCUUGUAUUGGGUUCCAUCCAUCUUGGCCAAUGUUUGCACUCAGCCAUGGCUACGUGUCUCUUUGGGCAUCAUCACCAUUCUUGUGGUUCUCACAAUGUCAGUGUUGAACUUGUUCUUUAUGCCAGAGACCUCAUGCUUUUUGAAACUUGAAAAUUCUACCUUAUCAGGCAUGAAUACUGUACAGGAAUUCUCUCGGUUUAACUCCCUCUUCAGUGUGCCGUAUUAUAUCUACUGCUGUGUCCUGGGAUUUCUCUCGUGUUCCCUCUUCCUUCACAUGAACUUCGAGCUCAAGUUGACCAUGCUGAUACUUUGCCUUGUUGUCUACAAUGUGCUGUUCCUUCACACCCAUUCCUGGCUCUCUGACUGCUAUGUCUCUCAGCUCUACCGUAAUCAAACUGCACUCAGGCCUGGGGUGCUGAAGGAGCCCAAGGUAAUGGGAGCAUUCUCAUUCUUCGUUUUCUUCUUCACCCUCUUGGGUCUGGCUAGACAGAAUGAGUAUUACUGCCGCUUAGAUUUUCUCUGGAAGAAGAAGUUCAAAAAAGAACGUGAAGAGAUUGAAACCAUGGAGAAUCUCAACCGGGUCCUCCUGGAAAAUGUUCUCCCAGCUGAUGUAGCUCAGCAAUUCAUUCGUCAGAACCGGCGCAAUACGGAUCUCUAUCACCAAUCUUAUGAUUGUGUCUGUGUUCUCUUUGCUUCGAUCCCGGACUUCAAGGAAUUUUAUUCUGAAUCCAAUGUCAACCAUGAAGGGCUUGAAUGCCUCCGGCUGCUGAACGAGAUCAUUGCUGACUUUGAUGAGCUCCUUCUGAAACCCAAGUUCAGUGGGGUUGAGAAGAUCAAAACCAUUGGCAGCACUUACAUGGCAGCUACUGGCUUAAAUGUGGCAGCUGGACAGGAUAACCAGCAGGACACUGAGCGGAGCUACACCCACCUGGGAACCAUGGUGGAGUUUGCCAUGGCUUUGGUAGCCAAGUUGGACAUUAUCAACAAACAUUCGUUCAAUACUUUCAAACUCCGUGUGGGUAUAAAUCACGGACUGGUUGUGGCCGGGGUCAUCGGAGCUCAAAAACCCCAAUAUGAUAUUUGGGGAAACACUGUGAAUGUAGCCAGUCGAAUGGAGAGUACAGGAGUUCUGGGGAAGAUACAGGUCACAGAAGAGACGGCUAAAGCUUUGGCGACAUUAGGCUACACUUGCUCCCUUCGUGGGGUUAUCAAGGUCAAGGGCAAAGGUGAACUAAGAACUUACUUUGUCUGUACGGAAACGGCUCGUUCUUGCUCCCAAGCACCGAUGUUGAGCUAA